GCGGCCUUCUUUGGCCCUGCCAAAGUCAACACCAAAUGCGGGUGAAGCGCAGGGCACGCCGGGAUUAGUAUUCCUUUUGCCCGGAACUCAUCCCCUCUAGGCUGCGGAGCGACUGCCUCUUAGGGUGUAGGCGCAAUGCGUACUGGGAAUCAGCUGUGCGUGCCCUUCACUGUGCCGUACCUGGAUGGAGCCCCGAGCCCGCUCCAGUUCUACCGGGACUGGGUGUGUCCCAACAGACCGUGUAUCAUCCGCAAUGCCCUGCGACACUGGCCCGCCCUGGACAAGUGGACACUACCCUACCUCAGGGCCGCGGUAGGCAGCACGGAAGUGAGUGUGGCUGUGACCCCAGAUGGCUACGCAGACGCGGUGCGUGGAGAGCGGUUUGUGAUGCCUGCGGAGAGGCGGCUACCUCUGAGCUCGGUGAUCGACGUGCUGGAGGGCCGGGCCCGGCACCCUGGGGUGCUCUACGUGCAGAAGCAGUGCUCUAAUCUCUCCUCUGAGCUACCCCAGUUACUGCCCGAUGUCGAGCCCCACGUGCCCUGGGCCACGGAAGCACUGGGGAAGAUGCCUGAUGCUGUGAACUUCUGGCUCGGGGAAGAAGCUGCAGUGACCUCUUUGCACAAGGACCACUACGAGAACCUGUACUGCGUGAUAGCCGGGGAGAAGCACUUCCUCCUGCACCCACCCAGCGACCGGCCUUUCAUCCCCUACGAGCUGUAUACCCCAGCCACCUACCACAUGGCGCAGGACGGCUCCUUCAGGAUCUCGGAUGAGGAAGCGUCGGAGAAGGUGCCCCACCUGCAGGCAGUCCCCGUGCAGGCCCUGGUCCCCUGGAUCCCCCUGGACCCCUUGGCCCCAGACCUGGUCCGCUAUCCCCGCUACGAGCAGGCCCGGCCGCUGCGCUGCAGGGUGCAGGCGGGGGAGAUGCUCUACCUGCCGGCUCUCUGGUUUCACCACGUCCGUCAGUCUCACGGCUGUGUCGCCGUGAAUUUCUGGUACGACAUGGAAUAUGACCUCAAGUACAGCUACUACCAGCUUCUGGACUCCCUCUCGCAGGCCGCGGGCCUCGGCUAGGGAAGGCCUUGUGGGAGCUGCCUUCCCGGGUCUCUGGACGCCCGUCCGGAAACAUGCUCACUUCUAGAGAAGCCCUGGGCUGCGAGGCUUUUUCCUGGGGAGAAGCCGGCUAUGGUGAGGGAUCCGUUUGGGACAGUUUUGCCAGACAGGCUGGUCUCUGAGGCGAAGGGUGAGCCGUGGCUGAUGUGCCCCCCCCAUUCCCCCCGCCACCCCUGGGGUAGAACUCUGGAGGAGGGGGUCUGGAUGGGGCUGGGGGGAGGGGGGCUUUGGGGGGGGAUCCCUCUGGUGUGUAAGAACCUUCCUGCCUGUAUGGCAGUCACUCUAGCCCUUUCCUUGGCCGAGUGCCUACAAAUCCAUGAUUCGCCCUGAUGUCCUCGGCUUUCCUUCUUCCCAGAGCAGCAGCCCGCCGCUCUAUGGGGCACUCACACCUUGGAGCCUCUGUGGGGAGCCCGGAGGGUUCGGUACAAGGACGGGGGAGGGGCAGCUUUCACAGAAGGAGGAUCCCUGGUGUAAUAAUUAAAAGAGUGGGAGCCAUAAACUGUGGCAGUUAAAAGAGUUGAUGCCAUAAACUGUAAGAGUUAAAAUGGUGGAAGAUAUAAAUUGUAGUAGAUAUGAGAGUGGGUGAGUAAAUUGUGCCCUCUGGAAA